GGGUACUUUCUGCAUAAGCACAUUCAGAGCUCUUGCAGUCAUCCUGCCCUGAGGACAGAGACCACUGGGGAAUCGAGGGUUCUGGAGCUGUGGCCAGCCCUGAGAGAGGUCAGUCCAGACACAGCAGUGUGUGCUCCCAGCAGCAAACGAGGCUCAGGGACAGAAAGUCAUGGCCUGGAAACGGAUGUCUCCUCUGCUGCUGCUGGCCUGGCUGUCAGCCUCCGUGUGCAGCGCCAGAGACAGGACAGACCUGCUCAACGUCUGCAUGGAUGCCAAACACCACAAGACAAAGCCAGGCCCUGAGGACAAGCUGCAUGGCCAGUGCACUCCAUGGAGGAAGAAUGCCUGCUGCUCUGCCAGCACCAGCCAGGAGCUGCACAAGGACACCUCCCUCCUGUACAACUUCAACUGGGACCACUGUGGCAAGAUGGAGCCCGCCUGCAAGCGCCACUUCAUCCAGGACACCUGUCUCUAUGAAUGCUCCCCCAACCUGGGGCCCUGGAUCCAGGAGGUGAAUCAGAGCUGGCGCAGAGAGCGUUUCCUGAACGUGCCCCUGUGCAAACAGGACUGCGAGAGCUGGUGGGAAGCCUGCCGUACCUCCUACACUUGCAAGAGUGACUGGCACAAGGGCUGGAACUGGACCUCAGGAUCUAACAAGUGUCCAGCUGGGGCCGUCUGCCGCACAUUCGAGUCCUACUUCCCCACUCCUGCAGCCCUGUGUGAGGGCCUCUGGAGUCACUCCUACCAGGUCAGCCAGUACAGCCGAGGGAGUGGCCGCUGCAUCCAGAUGUGGUUUGAGCCGGCCCAGGGCAACCCCAAUGAAGAGGUGGCGAGGUUCUAUGCCUUGGCCAUGACUUCUAGGGCCAUGCUCCAUGGGAUUGGGCCUCUCCUGCUCAGCCUGGCUCUGAUGCUGCAACUCUGGCUCCUUGACUGAGUCCCCUCUGUCUGUCCCCAGCUUCUGGGCCCAGGCUCAGUUUUGGCUCACACCUCAGCACAGGUCCACAAAUGAAGCCCUAAGCUUGCCUCCAUGCAUUACCCAUCCCUCUGUCAAUCAGUUCCUUAUGUGGGGCUUGGGUUUCCUCUGGUAGCCAGUUCUAAUAAAUAGACAUAUUUGUGUCUGAU